UCUGCGUACAAGUCGCAUUCACGCAGUUGAAAUAAAUAUUAUUGUUUUGUAUUUUUAUCAGUUCAAAAUGAGUGCAGUGUAAUGAAUUAAAAUUUAUGAAAACAAACAUAACGCGACAAAGGAAAAACAUUCGAUUCGAUAGGAAAAUCAAUAAAUCAGAGCAUUUAUUAAAAGAUCAUAUCGCUAUUUAACUAGCCACCAGAAACAGUUAUCGCAUGAAAUGGCACCGGAAGGAAAUGCGGCACCGCGACGCCAUAGUCAGAUCAGUCAGAAUAGUGAAAAUAGCGAAACUAGCACCGGUGGCAAUGUCCAGGUGCAGCGGGAAAACUCAUCUCCACGAACCGCCUGCCAGUGGGUGUGGCAUGUGGUAACAUCGAUCUCCGUGGAGCCCACAAUGUUCCUGUACAUGUUCGCCUUCAUGAUCACCUCGGUCGUGGAGCAGAAUUUCUACCUAUACAAGUCAUGUCGCGUGAACAACAAUUUCACGGAGGAGGUUUGCCGUAAUCUCAAUCGACCGGAGAACAAGGAAUUCAAGGAUCAAUCGCUGCAAACCAAUGCCUGGUUCCUGCAAUGGAACGACAUCUCAGCCCACAUCUUUCCCAUUUUAUUGGCCCUGUUUCUGGGCUCCUUUUCGGAUCGUCGUGGAAGGAAGUUUCCCCUGCUUAUGGGCCUGGUGGGGAAAUUCAUCUACUCCUCCAUGGUGGUGGUCAAUGCCAGGAUGCCCACAUGGCCGGUGGAGAAUAUUAUCUUUUCGGCCACACUGCCAUCGGCUUUAACGGGUGCAGAUGUGGCUAUAUUUGCGUCCUGUUUUGCCUACAUCUCGGAUAUCUCGACGGUGCAGCAACGCACAAUUCGUGUGACUAUCCUGGAUGUGGUCUACCUCACGGCCAUGCCCACAGGUGUGGCUCUAGGAUCACAUCUAUUUUACAAUGUCUUUGAUCAGUCGUAUGCGGACAUGUUCACAGUGAAUGCAUCCCUACUGGCAAUGGCCAUCAUUUAUACACUGUUUGCCCUAAAGUGGCAAACCACGCCAAGACAGCGAUCUCUGAGAGAGCUUGGCUGGUGUGGCUUUUGGGGUGACUUCUUUGACAAACAACACGUAAAGGACUCUUUUACGGUGUUGGUAAAGCCACGCAGGGCUCACAGAAGAAGCUUCCUGAUUAUCCUGCUGAUCAGCAUGACCCUGUACACAUUCCAGCGUGAUGAAGGUAGCUAUCUUUACAUGUAUACCCUGGACAAGUUCGACUGGGAGGUUAGCUCCUACAGCAGCUUCAAGACUUUCAAGUCUUCGGCAUAUGUGAUUGCCAUGCUGCUCGGAGUGCCACUAAUGAACAAGGUUUUAAAGUGGAGGGAUACGAUCAUCAUCUUUAUUGGAGCCUGGGCUCACUCGAUAGCCCGUCUGUUCUUUUACUUUGCCAGCAAUACGGAUCUCCUUUAUGCCGGAGCCGUAGUCUGCAGUCUGGGCCCUAUAGUGGGUCCCAUUAUCAGGGCCAUGACCUCGAAGAUAGUGCCUACCUCAGAGCGUGGCAAGGUGUUUGCCCUGCUCUCUGUUUGUGAUAAUGCAGUGCCCUUUAUCAGCGGUGUUUGCUACUCGCAACUCUAUAGGGCCACCAAAGACACAAAUUAUGGAGGAAGUGUCUUUCUGCUGACCAUUGCCACCCAAAUGACUGUCUUCCUGCUUAUACUUUGCAUUCAUAUUGUGCUGGGCAAAAACUCACUGGCUGUGCCGGAGGUUCCGGAAAAGGAAAGCGGCCUUAUUGCCCAAAAGCAGGAGUUACCGGCCAAUUCAGAAGAGGCGGAGAAAUAUUAAUAGGUCCUUGCAUUUACUCUUAAAAUGUUCCUAACAAAAAGACAUAAAGCCUGAAGAGGGCAACUAUUAUUAGAAAAGGCAAAAACAAAAAACGUCACAAUAUAUUAUCAAUAUU